AUGAAGCCUCCAAGGAGCCCCGACCGGCCGGACGGCAGCGGUCCUCCCAAGAGUCCGGAGGGACAGGAGGAGGACGUAGAAGAGGGAGAUGAGGAGGAGAGGAAGGCGGCAGCAGUGCACAGGGCCAAACGUGAGCGCCGUCGAGGCAGCAGCAGUGCCACGAUGUGCCGGGUGUGCAGCAGACAGCUGAAUUCUAACGCCCAGGCCCAGAUCCACUACAGAGGGAAGACACACCAGAGGAGGCUGAGCCGACUGGCAAAGGUCGUCAGCACAGGUGCCCUCUCCCAGAGUCAGGUCCACCCACUCCUGGGCUCCCUGCCUCUGCCUCUGCCAUGUCGACCCUUCCAGCUACCGACUCAUCCCCAUCUGGAGCACUUCCUGCCGCUCAGGAUCAACAGCUCCACGCCGCUCAGCCUCUUCCCCAAUUUUAGCACAAUGGACCCAGUGCAGAAGGCAGUGAUCAACCACACCUUUGGCGUGGCUCCAGUGCCCAGGAAGAAACCCAUCAUUUCCUGCAACAUCUGUCACCUGCGCUUCAACUCCACCAUCCAGGCGGAGGCCCACUACAAAGGUCACAAACAUGCUCGCAAGAUGAAGGCCUUGGAGACUCAGAGGAAGCGGCAGAAGAACGGUCACAGUUCGACAACAACAGGAAGAGACAGAGGCCGAGAGAGGAGGAUGAUGGGAAGAGGGACAGUGCCCAUGGACUCCCAUUUGAAAGACAUAAAAGGCCUACGUACUUCUUCCCAACCUGCACAGCAGCAACCAGAAAACAUCCAGGAAAGCUUGCUGGAACCCACCACGCCCUCAAAGCCUCCAUCCACAGACUCCUCCUCACUCCGUUCUCCUCAGCUCUCCCCACUAAUCUCCCCUGGCACUCAGCUCAAUGAUCUGCCUUCGGACAGUCCGCCUGCGGACGGGUGCAGCCCGGCCAACGGUUCAAACCCAAUCUCUGACCCUCAGGGGAGCACCACGGCAGGUGAGGAGGAGGAGGAGUUGGUGAAGGUGGAAGAAGCUAAAGAGGCCAAGACCGACACAAAAACUCUUCACUGUCCCACGUGCAAAGUCACAGUCAAUUCCAGCUCCCAGUUGGAGUCUCACUGCAGUGGCUCUAGGCAUAAGCAGAUGCUUGAUGGUCACCACAGCAGCCCGUCACAACGCAGGUUCAAGAUGACAUCAUCGCACAGGCCCACCGGCCGAAUGAGGCAGCGAAUGGGAAACAAGACCAGAUCCGUUGUGGGUGUAUCCAGCAAGCCGUUUCACUGUGAAUUGUGCCAGGUGUCAGUCAACUCAGAGACACAGCUGAAGCAGCACAUGUGCAGCAGGAGGCACAAAGAGCGUUUGGCUGGGAAGCCUGUCAAGGCGAAGUUCACGCCCUAUAAUAAACUACAGUUCAGUUUUAUUUUAGCGACCAAACUAGCCUUGCAGAGGCAGCUAUCGAAGGCCCUGCCGGCACGGUUCCUGACCAACCCCCUGAAUCACCCUGCUUUGUGUGCCAUGGCGCCUGGGCCCUUGGCGCUACGUCUGCCGCCGGGUCCCGCAGCCUUCUUCCAUGGUCCACUGAUCGGCCCCACACUCUUCAGGCCUGCCCCAGGACCUCUGAGGGCCACACAUGCACCUAUGAUCUUCUCUCCUUACUAGCAAUGAGCCACGCUCGGCUAGAGGACGGACAGUAGACCGGACCUAACCGAGCCACAUCUGGACCAGCACUAAAGAUUAGCUUGGUCGGAGGUCAAAGCACGGAACACCCUGAGGGAGACCUGUACAAUGUUAUGCCAUGAUAGCAGCAUAUCGGCAUGUCGAGCUUGGCAGGUUGCGGUCAUAAGCACAGUAUGCACAAUCCUCUGGUGUGCAUUGAGAUUUCCCUGCAGACUGACCAGUGAAGGACCAUCGCGUAGCCGUUUCCCCUCAACAAACUUUUGAGUGCAUGUUCCCCAGAGUCUGGACCCCUCUUGAAGCCAUAAUGACAAGAAUCUUCUGGUUUUAUUUAUAGGAUAGUAAUAGGCUAAUACACUAGAGUGUGUCAAUGUGAUGUGUUUGUUGCCAAAAUUCUUUUGAUUUCAGAGCUUUCUAGUUGUACUUGGAGAACAAGCACAAUACUUCAUUCCUGCUUUGAAUCCAGAUUUAAAGUGUCUAUUUCCAUAUAACUACCACCUUCCUCCAAUGAAAAAAUAAAGGAGAUUCAUAACUUCCAAUUGCUGAGGAUAUGACAUCUCAACAAUUGCAUAUCUUUACAGCUAUUGUCUGAUGUGGAGGCUUUCUCUGUAUUUUGGAUGGAUACAUUGUUGAGCUGAAUCUGAGGGCCUAGUUGUGUGAGACUACAUUUCCCAGAGUGCAGCAGCAGCAGCAAUCAGUGUUUCUUAUUAGGAGCACCUGUUGGGAUUCUCUGAUGCAUUUUGUAAAGACAAGCAGCAGAGAGAGGACGCUUCAGGUCACGCCACGGUUCAACCCAAAGACGGCAAUGGCGAAAUGAUUUGUUUAAUUUCAUGGUGUUUAAAAAUGCUGAUUUUGUGUUAAAAGAAUAUUUCAUUUUGAGUUUGGAAAAUGAAAAGUAUAAAAUGUUUAAUUAAAAUGUUUAAUUUAAAAUGUAAUUUAUGUUCUAUCUUAAAGGUUACAACCUAAUUCACUGGCAGAGCAAUCGACGAACAAAAGAAAAAUAAAAGAAAGAUUAAGUUAGUAAUUUGAGUUGUCUUCACGUCCUUUGGAAACGGUGAACAGGAGCUGAACUUGACAUACAUACUUUCUUUUUUUCUGUGUUUCUCUCUUCUCUGUGUUAUGAGGUGACAAUCAACCAACACCCUGCUAUGAUGCCAAGAAUACUCGCCAUAUGGAGAUAGACUUCAUUUAAUGCAUACAAUGAGAUGGUUUGAAUUAAAGUUAUAAGAUUUAUGUGGAUAGAUAAGUUACGAUUUACAGCUUGAUGCUGUUUGUGCAAUAUGAAGAUACAGGCUGGUGUGUGCUACUCCCCAAACUGUUAAUGAUUUUUUCACAGAUAUUUAAAUAUAUCUUUUUUGUCUUUAUUAAAAAUGUUUUUUUUUAUAGAGCUGUAUUAAAAGAACAUUCUUUAGAAAUACCCUCUCACCUUCAUUGUGCUGAAUCAUCCGAAGCAAUAUGUGUUUUUAAAGUGUCCCCUGGUAAAAAUGAUGAUGACAAGUGUAACUGUGCAUCAAUUGCAAUACUGUAAAUGAUUAUGUGCACAUGUCAAUACUGUAUUCUUUAUGAACUCAUAAAUAGUCAU